AUGGUUGAGAUGCUUUGCGGUCGAGUUGCAUCAUUCGUCUCGGUCAUCUCCAGCUCCGUAUUGCUGCAUGCCUCGUCUGCCUCGCCAUUGGCAGAUCGACAAGACAUCAACGGUCAGCAAUCGUGCGAUGAAACAUAUGCCAGGGCCGAGUCUCCCGUCAUUGUCCAAUAUCAUUUGGCAAUCCACGAAUCAACCUUUCAACUCCUUGGGCAGGUACAUCAGACGGCCGCUGCUGCAGGGGUCAACCCAUCAGCCUCUGGCCAAUGCGCCGUAACGACUUACAACGACGUCGGUGGCCUCGUCACUCGCCCAGUCGUGCGCGGCCGCAACUCGAUGGCAUGA